AACUCCCACCAUCACGCGCUUUUCAUAUAUUGCUUAGAAAACUCUGUUUCGUUUCCUGGCUAAUUUGAGCUGCUUUUUUUCGAUGCUCAUAUACUUCGAUUCUUUCUAGUUUCUCCAAGAGUAUUGGGCGAUCUAUUCUCUAAUUUUAACACCUGGUUGACAUUUCUUGUUCUUCUCAUACUUCCUCAUGUUGUCGUUACCUUCAUCUUCGUCUUCUAUUUCUAGAAAGAAAUAUGAUGUUUUCUUGAGUUUCAGAGGUGAAGAUACCCGCAAGAACUUUACAGAUCAUCUUUAUGAUGCUCUAAAACGGAGUGGAAUCGACACUUUCAGGGAUGAGCCGAAGCUGGAGGCCAGUGAAGAGAUCGCACCAGAGCUCUUUAAAGCCAUUCAACAAUCAUGGUGCUCGGUAAUCGUUUUCUCUGAAACCUAUGCGUUUUCAGGUUGGUGCUUGGAGGAGCUUGCUGAGAUUGUUAAACAAAAAAACCAAGAGGGCCAUAAAGUAUUUCCAAUUUUCUACAACGUCGAUCCAUCUGAUUUAAGAAAACAAAAAGGGAAAGUUGAAAAAGCCUUUGUCCAACACGAAAAGAGAUACAAGGAAGAUAAAGACAAGAUUCAAAGGUGGCGAAAUGCUUUGACUCUAGUGGCUAACACCAAGGGAUGGCAUUUAAACGACAGGCAUGAAUCAGAAUUUAUUGGAGACAUUGUUAAAAAGAUAUCAGCAAAGUUGUGUCAGACAUAUCCUGUUGUUAUUGAUGAGUUGGUAGGAAUCAAUUCACGCUUGGAAGAGUUGUAUUCGAAAAUAGAGAUUGGGGAGGAUGAUGUCCGCAUUAUAGGAAUUUGUGCAAUGGGUGGCAUCGGUAAAACGACUCUCGCCAAAGUUGUUUACACUCAAAUGUCACCCCAUUUUGAAGGCAGAAGCUUUAUUGCUGAUGUUCGAGAAGUUUCAGAUAAAUGCGGACUUGUUUCUUUACAGAGACAACUUCUUGCCCAGAUAUUCUCUGAUGAAGGUUUCAAUUUCUUCAAUGUUCACGAAGGGAAUUCCAUCAUUGGCCACAGGAUGUCUCGCAAAAAGGUUCUUGUUGUUCUUGAUGAUGUUGAUAACAUACAACAGUUGAAAUGCUUGGUUGGAAGGCGUGAUUGGUUUGGAUUAGGGAGCAGAAUCAUUGUGACAACUAGAGAUGAACAUCUGUUCCGAUCUUAUCGAGUUGACGAUGUGUAUACGCCCACGAUAUUGGAUGAAAACGAUGCAUUUCGUCUUUUCAAUUUGAAGGCUUUCGGUAGUGAUACAGCGCCUGAAGUUGAUUUCAUUCAGCUUUCAAAAACUAUUGUGAAAUAUGCCGGUGGUCUUCCCUUAGCUCUUGAAGUUUUGGGUUCCUUUCUGUGUGGUAGAGAUGCAACUCAAUGGAAAAGUGCAAUUGAAAGACUCAAACGAGAUUCUAACAAAGAAAUUAUCGACAGACUUAGAAUCAGUUAUGAUGGAUUGGAAGAGAGGGAGAAGAAUAUAUUUCUGGAUAUAGCAUGCUUCUUCAACGAGGAGCCGAAAGAUUUUGUAAUGAAAGUAUUGGAUGGUUGUGAGUUUUUCCCGGAUAUUGGAAUCGAUGUUCUCGUUAAGAAAUCACUCAUAAAAAUCGAUGAAGUCAACCAAUAUUUUUGGAUGCAUGACUUGUUGCAAGAAAUGGGAAGAAAAAUUGUUAAGGAAAAAUGUAUAGAAGAACCUGGGAAACGUUGUAGAUUAUGGGAAGAAUGUGACGUCCAUCAUGUCCUAACAAAAGACACAGGUACGAAUAUGGUUCAAGCCAUGAUGAUAAACAAUAAAAGGGAAUCUAAUAAGUUUCUCAACUUGAGAGUUGAUGCCUUCGCGAAGAUGAAAAAUUUGAGAUUACUCAAAGUCCUUUGCCUCACAAAUUGUGAUGAUCUAAAUUAUCUUUCAAAUGAGCUACGGCUUUUAGAUUGGGAAGGAUGUCCUCUAAGAUCCUUGCCGUCGUGCUUCGAACCGGACAACCUUGUUGCACUUCUCUUAUCUUACAGCCGUAUUGAACGACUGUGGAAGGGAGCAAGACCCUUGUAUAAGCUGAAAGUGAUCAACCUCAAAGGGUCUCAGAACCUGAUCAAGACACCGGACUUCACUAUGGCCCCAAGUCUUGAAACUUUGAUUCUGGAAGGUUGCACAAAAAUAGUGGAUGUUCAUCCAUCCAUCGGAUUUCUUAAGAGGCUUAAACUUCUGAAUUUAGAAGGCUGCAAAAGUCUUAGGAAUCUUCCAACCAAUAUUGGAAUGGAAUCUCUUGAAACAUUCAUUCUUUCCGGUUGCUCUAAGCUUCAAAAGUUUCCGGAGAUUGAUGUGAAAAUGGAAUGCUUGUUGGAACUUUAUUUAGAUGGGACAAGCAUUGAAAAACUUCCCUCUUCAAUUGGCAAAAUGAGCAGUCUUGUUUUGCUAAAUUUGAAAGAUUGCAGUAACCUUGUGAGCCUCCCUAGCACCAUAUGUGGGUGCACAAGUUUAAAAACUCUUAAUCUUUCUGGUUGUUAUAAAGUUGAAAAUUUGCCAGAGAACUUGAAGCAAGUAGAGUUUUUGGAAGAGCUUGACUUAAGUGAGACAGCCAUAAGAGAACCACCAUACUUCAUUUUUCAAUUUAAGAAUCUUAAAGUGCUGUCUUUCAGUGGAUGCAAGUCAUUUAAAUUGCGACAAAAUCUCGCUUCUCUUAUCCAAUGGUGGACAAAUUCCAAGGCUCUGAUGUUACAUUCAUUGUCUGGUUUAAGUUCAUUAAGGGAGCUGAAAAUAAGGGACUGCAAUCUUGGAGAAGAAGAUAUUCCUAGUGAUAUUUCACGUCUAUCCUCUUUGAAACGACUUGAUCUUAGUGGUAACAAUUUCAUCAGCAUACCUCCGUCCCUUGCUCGACUUUCCAAGCUUACAUAUCUUAGAUUAUCAAAUUGUGGCAUGUGCAAUCUUGGUGAAUUAGAUAUUCCUAGUGAUGUUUCUUAUCUAUCCUCUUUGUGCCAUCUUGAUCUUAGUGGUAACAAUUUCAUCAGCAUACAUCCGUCCCUUACUCGACUUUCGAAGCUUCAGCAUCUUGAAUUGUCAAAUUGCAAGGAACUUAAAUCGUUGCCUGAGUUUGUAACAAAUAUAACCUGGGUGGAAAUGGAAAAUUAUGCUUCUCUGGAACUAGUUGCAUUUCCUUCAAAAGUAUGCAAUUCAAUGAGUAUUGCUUGGGUUCUCGGUACUCACUGCUACAGAUUGGCUGAGAAUGUCAAUGUAUUAACAAUGCUGAGAAAAUAUCUCAUGGUAUCUGAAAAUUCAAGAAAAUUAUUUAGCUUUAUCAUACCUGGAAAUGAAAUCCCAGAAGGGUUCAGCCGUGAGAGAGUUGACUUUUCAAUCAAGAUACCACUGCCUUUCAAUAUUCUGAAUGAUAUUCAAUGGAUGGGAGUUGCUUUCUGCUGCAUUUUUGUCAACGAUGAUCCUUCGAGGGAUGAGGUUAUAGGCUGUAAAGCUGUUAUCCAUCGUAGAAACUCUGGAAAAGCUGCUUGUGAUGAAUCUGCUUUCCUAGAUGGAAAUUACAUUGUAGAUGAUAGUGGUUUCCUUUUAGGUAAAAAACAUAAUCGUAAGAAACAUUAA